AUGGAAACUGUGGGAGAUUCAGGGAAAGGGAAGGUCAGGGUGUUGAUAGAGAAGGCCACCAAUUCGACGGCGGCAGAGGUCGACCCGCGCCUUCUUGAGGCCAUCAAAUCGGUCGUCCGAUAUUCUGAUUCGGAGCUAAGACUGGCCGCACAAACCCUAAUGGAUCACAUGAAACGCGACCACUCUCAGGUCAGGUAUCUCACACUUCUCAUAAUUGAUCAACUUUUCAUGCGAUCAAAACUUUUUAGGACCCUUCUUGUUGAAAACUUGGAUCAGCUGUUGAGUUUAAGUGUUGGCUUCAGAAGAAAUCUGCCACUUCCUGCUCCACCAGCGGUGGCAUCUGUUCUGCGUUCAAGGGCAAUUGAGUUUUUAGAGAAGUGGAAUGAUUCAUUCGGGAUUCAUUAUAGGCAGAUCCGGUUAGGUUUUGACUAUCUUAAACAUACACUUCGGUUCCAGUUUCCUAAUAUCCAGGCAAAUGCUGCUCGGAUUCAGCAGGAAAGAAGGGAAAGAGAGAUGAGAUCAAAAGAGAUUCUACAGAGCAAGUUUGCAAUACUGAAGGGAAAUUUAUCUUCAAUAAAGGAAGAGGUACAGUCAACAUUAGAUGAGAUUGGGGAGUGUUUAAAAAUUGUUCAUACUGAAAAGGAAACUAUACCACUUGGUCCUUUAGAUGAUGAAGAUUUUGAAGAGUUCCGCUCUUCAGAAUUACGGUAG